CCCCGUGCGCGCCGCGGCCUCCGGGAGACUGGCGCAUGCCACGGAGCGCCCCUCGGGCCGCCGCCGCUCCUGCCCGGGCCCCUGCUGCUGCUGCUGUCGCCUGCGCCUGCUGCCCCAACUCGGCGCCCGACUUCUUCAUGGUGUGCGGAGGUCAUGUUCGCUCCUUAGCCGCCAAACGACUUUUCUCCUCGCCUCCUCGCCCCGCAUGUUCAGGACCAAACGAUCUGCGCUCGUCCGGCGUCUCUGGAGGAGCCGUGCGCCCGGCGGCGAGGACGAGGAGGAGGGCGCGGGGGGCGGCGGAGGCGAGCUGCGGGGAGAGGGGGCGACGGACGGCCGGGCGCAUGGGGCCGGCGGCGCGGCGGGGGCGGCGGCGGCGGCGGGGGGCGCGGGCAGGGCUGGCUGCUGCCUGGGCAAGGCGGCCCGGGGCGCCAAAGGCCACCACCAUCCCCGCCCCGCGGCCGCGGGCGCCGGCGGGGCCGGGGGCGCCGAGGCGGAUCUGAAGGCGCUCACGCACUCGGUGCUCAAGAAACUGAAGGAGCGGCAGUUGGAGCUGCUGCUCCAGGCCGUGGAGUCCCGCGGCGGGACGCGCACCGCGUGCCUCCUGCUGCCCGGCCGCCUGGACUGCAGGCUGGGCCCGGGGGCGCCCGCCGGCUCGCAGCCCGCGCAGCCGCCCUCGGCCUACUCGCUCCCCCUCCUGCUGUGCAAAGUGUUCAGGUGGCCGGAUCUCAGGCAUUCCUCGGAAGUCAAGAGGCUGUGUUGCUGUGAAUCUUACGGGAAGAUCAACCCGGAGCUGGUGUGCUGCAACCCCCAUCACCUUAGCCGACUCUGCGAACUAGAGUCUCCCCCUCCUCCUUACUCCAGAUACCCGAUGGAUUUUCUCAAACCAACUGACUGUCCAGAUGCUGUGCCUUCCUCCGCUGAAACAGGGGGAACGAAUUUUCUGGCCCCUGGGGGGCUUUCAGAUUCCCAACUUCUUCUGGAGCCUGGGGAUCGGUCACACUGGUGCGUGGUGGCAUACUGGGAGGAGAAGACGAGAGUGGGGAGGCUCUACUGCGUCCAGGAGCCCUCCCUGGAUAUCUUCUAUGAUCUACCUCAGGGGAAUGGCUUUUGCCUCGGACAGCUCAACUCGGACAACAAGAGUCAGCUGGUGCAAAAGGUGCGUAGCAAGAUCGGCUGCGGCAUCCAGCUGACGCGGGAGGUGGACGGCGUGUGGGUAUACAACCGCAGCAGUUACCCCAUCUUCAUCAAGUCGGCCACACUGGACAACCCGGACUCCAGGACGCUGUUGGUGCACAAAGUGUUCCCCGGUUUCUCCAUCAAGGCUUUUGACUACGAGAAGGCGUACAGCCUGCGGCGGCCCAACGACCACGAGUUCACGCAGCAGCCGUGGACUGGCUUCACCGUGCAGAUCAGCUUCGUGAAGGGCUGGGGCCAGUGCUACACGCGCCAGUUCAUCAGCAGCUGCCCGUGCUGGCUGGAGGUCAUCUUCAACAGCCGGUAGCCGUGGGCACAGCCGGCCCGGCCCAAACUACUUUGCUGCUAAUACUUCCUCCCGAGUGCUUGCUUUUCAUGCAAACUCUUUGGUCGGUCAGUGUGUUGUUUUUAUGCCCGCCCCCGCCCCCCCGCCCCUCCUUGUCGUUCCUGUUUAUGUUCUGUUUUGUUCUUUGAGAAAUAGCUUAUGAAAAGAAUUGUCCGUGGAGGGAGGCUCUGGGGGGGGGGGGGGCUUGGCUGGCAGGACACCCCGGGAAGAAAAGGGGAAGCAGCCAUCCGCACCACCACACACAGCAUCAGAACGGGCAGCAGGCCCUCACUUUGGGGGGCGGGGGUCCCUGGAUUCCUGUGUCUGGGCGAGUAUGCAUGCGUCGGGCGUCUCCUUCAGGUGUCUGUGCCAGUAGCUUGUGGUCCCCCAUGCUGUGUCCCUCCCUCCUGCCUCUGGACAGGCUCGGGGGACAGAGGCAGGACCCCGGGUAAGCUGGCGGCUGAGGUUCCAGACAGCCAGAAGCCGGGCUCCGUCCCCCACUCUCCAGGGAAUCCCCGCUUCUCCCCUUCUAGGACAUGGGUCUGUCUGCGGGCUUCUUAGAAGCAGCCCCACAAGAGGCUGAACCAGAACCAGUUGUUUCCUCCUUGUCCGACUCCCCUCCAGCCGCCCUGCUGUCCUUGUUGCGUCUCUCCUUUUUGGCCAUCUGUUCCUGGGUAUAUCUGAGAUGGGCUUCCUGAGGGCUGCCCGGCCGCCCCGCCGCACUGGUGCCCACCCAGGGCCCUCUGCAGCCCCUCAGCCUCUCCCCUGCUCUGGUCACAUCAGAUCCCCCCCCCCCC